UCAUAUUUUCUUAUUCUGUCAGUUUCUCACGUUAAUAUUACUAACAUUUUAAAAUUGUCCGAUUAUUCUGGAUUUGUCCCUGAUCGGCUAAGAGCAAUGUUUCACAGUGUUACUGAGUUAUAAACUGUCUGCAUUUAACACACGAUGUAAAUAGGUCGCACCUCACCGCAGACGUAACUUCAUUGACCCUCUUAGUCACCUCAAUCCCAACAGAACCCUUAAACACACUGUAGGCUAACGGCCCCACAACUUGCACGCCCUCGAACCGUGGGGCCGCGUCUUGGCGCGAGUGUUUUUGUGUGUUGGGAACAGGAAAAUCGGAAGUGCUCGGCGGCUGCCGCCUGCCUGCUUUCCUGUGGUACGGGAUCGUCUCCCAGCCCCUUCCACUCCCUGUGCCGCGGCGACUGUCCCGCCCCUGACGUGCUCACGUUGUCGCAGGUCCAGGGUGCCGCCGCCGCUGGUACUGCUGACAAGACCAAGUAAUUGUCGGUCGUUGUUCCCGGUGUUGGCAAGAGAUACAUUGAGACUUCUCCAAGGGAUUAAUAAACACACUUAAUCCUGGAGGGAAGGAGCUAUAACAGAAACACAAAGCUGGGAUACAACUUUAUUGCCUUGCCAAUGUGCAAACAGUGCCUGUAACUUCUAGGCCACAAUGACAUCUGCAGCUUUACGGGAUGGCAUCUAAUGGUGUACUCUAACUCUGAAAGAGAUUAUUGGUUACUGCAGCCACUCCCAUCGCUGUAGCAAAUAAGUGUGGAUGCAAGAGUUCACAAUGUAGGAUUUUUAGAAACAAAAGUGUGGCAGCCACUUGAAAACCAGGAACAUGCGGUGCUGUCUCUUUCUGCAGAUAGUAGCCAUGGGCAAUAAAUGCAGCUGCCAACAUCAGCUUCAUUUUUUAAGAAAGAGCUGCUCAGCUGAGCUGUCUUUUACCAUGCCUGUUGGGCUUGGGACUCUGUAGUGUCCACCUUGAAAAGUUGUCUAUCAUUUUCACAACUUUGUUCAAGUUGGUUUGGCUGUGUGUGGAGGAAAAAAGGUUUGGAUAAUGGAUCCAAAACACAAAGAGUUGUUGGACCGGAAUCGCCAGAAGCUGGUAGACACCAUCAGAGAUGUGGAAAGUAUAAUUGAGCUGUUGAGCAAAACAGGCAUUCUAAGCCCUGUGGAGAAAUGCGAAUUGGAGACCCGUUGUGCAUCAUCCUCUGAGAAGGUUGAGCUCCUCCUGAACGUGCUGCUGGGUAAAGACAGUGACCAUUUCCAGGACCUCUGUGAAGCUCUGGAGAAAACCAACCCCCAAUUGCUUUCUACUCUUCGUCUAAAUGGAGGUGCAUCUCUGGAGAACACCGGAUCUACCUACAGUGUCCUUUCCACGAUGCCUACAGACUCUGAAAGUAGCAGCUCCCUCAGUAGCAUAGGUACAAGUGGCAUUCCCUCCUCACCACCUCCUCCUGCAUCAGUGGUAGACAACAGACAGAUGAAUGAAAAGUUUGAAACUGUCUUGUUCCAGCUGCGACAGGUGACCAGGGAGAGGGAUGAGCUUCGCAAACGCCUUGCACUUUCAUCUCCAGGGUCUACGUUUGAUGACUGCAGGCCUGCUCCCAAACCAAGCCAUGACUACGAGCGCCUCAAGUCGCAGUGUAUGAAGGCCAUGUCUGACCUACAGUCAUUGCAGAACCAGCACACCAAGACCUUGAAACGCUGUGAAGAGGCAGCUAAAGAGGCAGACUUCUACCAUACAUUACACACCCGCCUCUUGAGUGACCAAGCACAACUGAAGGAGAAUGUGGACAACUUGAAAAGAGAGAACACCCAGCUGGUGCGGGAGCACAACCAUCUCAAGCAGUCGUGUGAGGAACUUAAACGGCUUCAUGAUGAUGAUGUGAAAGAGAUCACUGACCUUCGCAGUCUGCAGCAACAGGUAUUAAGAGAGAAUGGCUCAUCUGAGGUCCUAAACAAGCUUUAUGACACUGCCAUGGACAAGUUGGAGGGAGUAAAAAAGGAUUAUGAGGCGUUACGAAAACGGUACAAUGAGAAAGUAGCAAAUCAUAAUACAGACCUUUGUCGAGUUGAGCAGUUUGAAGUGGAGAAUCAGAGACUUCAGAAACAGAUAGACAUGCUUAUGAAGGAGAGGGACACAGCAGUGCAUUUCCACCAGCAGUACUCCUCCUCUCUCAGAAGGUUUGACUCGUUACAGCAGGAGCUUAACAAGGUCAUUGCACAGAAUAAAGAACUUCAGAGGGAAAUGGAACGGUUGCAGAGUGAGCUUACUCGUUACAAGACGCUACAAUUGAAAGCAUUGAAGGACACUGAGAAAUAUAAAGAGGAGAGAGAUUCUGUGUUCAGCGAGUAUCGUCUGAUUAUGAGCGAGAGAGACCAGGUCAUCAAAGAAGUGGACAAGCUUCAGACUGAGCUGGAACUAGCAGAAGCCAGACUGAAAAACAAGUCCGAGAACAGAAUAGCUAGUGAGGAGAUGGAAGCCUUACGUCAGGAACUAAAUUCGGCCCUGGUAGAACGAGAUCGUGCAAUCUUUGAGCGAAAUGAGUUACUGGAGAAAUACUGUCAUGAAGUACAGGACAAAGCAGAGGCCCAGAAGGAACUUGACCAGGCUUGUAAGGAUAUUCAGACAGUAAAAGAGGAAAGGGAUGUAGCAAGGAAAGAGAGGACAGAGGCCAUCAUCCAAAGGGACCAGCUGCUGCGUGAGUACUACCAGGCCCGCCAGAAACAAGACUCUGCCACUCUGGACAUGGAAAGAGCCAAUAAAGAAAUUGAAAUGCUUCGGAAACAGUAUGAAGCAAUGUCACAGGAACUGAAGGAGGCCACACAGGAGGCAGAGGUAGCCAAGUGUAGGAGAGACUGGGCAUUUCAAGAACGAGACAAGAUUGUUGCAGAGCGGGAAAGCAUUCGAACACUAUGUGAUAACCUGCGGAGGGAGAGAGACAGAGCAGUGAGUGAUUUGGCUGAGGCACUUCGUAAUCUAGAUGACAUGAGAAAACAGAAGAAUGAUGCAGUGAGGGAGAUGAAGGAAAUGAAAGAGAAGUUGGAAAACCAGUUUGAGAAGGAGGCCAGAUUUCGUCAGUUAAUGGCUCACAGUUCUCAUGAUUCAGCGAUAGAUACAGACUCGUUGGAAUGGGAAACGGAAGUUGUUGAGUUUGAAAAGGACAGGGAUGAUAUGGAUUUGACAGCACUGGGAUUUGAUGUUGCAGAAGGAGUGAAUGAACCUUAUCUUCCAGGGGACUGUGGAAUAUUUGUUACGAAAGUGGACAAAGGAAGUAUUGCAGAUGGAAGGUUGAGAGUGAAUGAUUGGCUUCUGAAGAUAAAUGAUGUGGAUCUCACUAAUAAGGACAAGAAGCAGGUGAUUAAAGCGGUACUGAAUGGAGGUGGGGUUAUCAACAUGGUGGUUCGAAGGCGGAAAUCCUUAGGAAGUCGAAUGAUUACUCCUGUUCAUGUUACUCUUGCAGGGCACAAAGAUAGUGGUAUUAGCUUGGAGAGUGGCAUUUAUGUGGCUGCCAUUGCACCUGGUAGCCCAGCUGUCCGUGAAGGAUCGCUUUCUGUGGGAGAUCGGAUUGUGGCUAUAAAUGGAAUUGCACUGGAUAACAAAUCUCUGACUGAAAGUGAGGCCUUACUGCGUAGCUGUAGGGAAUCCCUUAAUCUUUCACUGAUGAAGGUUUUUGUACAGAAUUCAUCAUGGAGUGGACAGAACAUAUUUGAAAACCUCAAAGAUUCAGAGAAGACAUCUCAUUGCAGACUUCAUACAUCAGAGAUUCAGGUUCACAAUACAAAAAACUUGAAACACAACAGUUCAACUCAAACUGAUAUUUUCAGUGCUGAUUUCCUCGAUCUGAAGAAGGAUCAGAGUGAUCAGAGUACUGUCCCCUUCUGUGAUCAUAGUCCUUUCUCCAGCACUUCACUGCAUGUGAAUUCACACAGGAAAUUUGAGCAGUCAUACCACUCAAACUCUGAUAGUAGUCCAGGACCAUUUAGCACAGGCGUUUUUCAAGACCAUCCCUAUGGGUUGGCAGAUUCUGCCAAAAGGCGGUUUACUUUUGACCCAUCCAUUGCUGAGUGUAUUCUGACUGACACAACCUUGGAAAAAGAACUUGGAGUGAAGCACAGUGGCGGCACAUGGCCUAAAAGGAUGGUUGAAAUUUCAAUGGCAGAAACAGAACAGUUUACAGAGUAUAAGAUGCCAAAAGAGAGGCAGUCUAUUUUUGACCCUGAUACAUUCAAGCGGCCUUUGACACCCCCCAAAACAGAUUACAUGCCAGUAAGUCAGAUAUCCUCUCAUUCUCCUCAGGCCUCUAGGACAGAAAUGACAACUCCUCCUACUCCCCCCAAAAGGAGUGACUCUUUUAAGUUUAAGCAUAAACCUCAGGCAAGCUCUGCAUCAGACACUGUUGUUAUUACCGGAUCACCUCCUUCUAGUCCUUCCAUGAUGGUACCACCAGUGUCCUUAACGGGUAAAACAGACUCUUCUCAUGAGGAACUUGAAAAGAACAGCACAGGAUUUUAUUGUUUAGAGAGUAAAAGGGACUGUGCUGUUUUGACUUCAAGAAAACCUGGUGAAGAAGAUGGUAGCCUUCAAACUGAGGAGCCGGAGGCUAAAAGACAGCGACCUAAAUCUGCUCCUCCUAUAAGGCACAAGGUGGCAGCUUUACCUGUUCCAGUCCCAGCACUCCAGGUACAUAAAUUCACUCCAGCCAGUGAUGAACGACUUUCGUCUGAGCAGCAGGAAUGGGUGCGUAGCUCACCAAAGCGUCAUCACAGAUACAUUGUGGGUGUUGUGCCACCAGUUUACAGUGUUGUAAUUUCAGGAAAUGUGCCCAGGAAUCUUGCACCAUGUCCAGCAAGAACAGCUAUUAUGCGAAAUCCAGUUUACACUGCAUGGAGUCACAGGAUCCACCAGACUAACUGCCAUCCUGUGCCAAGUAGCCAGAUCUGCCAUCCUCAGUCACAUCCCAGCCCACAGCAUCAAGGUCGACUAAGCCUGGACCUUAGCCAUAAACCCUCCAGUGAGUUUUCUGAAACCUCAAGAACUAGAGCACCACAUGGAACAAACUCGCUGCCUUCCAGUGCAAGGCUUGGUUCUUCAAGCAACUUGCAACAGUACAGGACAGAGCGCAUAAAAAUCCCACCAACACCACGAUACCCCAGAUCUGUGAUGAGCUCUGACAGAGGGUCACUCUCCCACUCCGAGUGCAGCAGUCCUAGCCUGGCAUCACCUCCACAUUCACCUGUUAACGUGGAUACAUCAUCCUUUUCCAGCAGUAGCCAGUCCCAGAGCUCCAUCGCUACAUUUCCAGUGAUUUCUGUUAGCCCUGUGCCUGCCUUUGGGAAAUAUGGAAAAGACAGACCCUACAUGGAAGAGCCUCGCCACGUGAUUGUGCACAAAGGAGCAGAACCACUUGGGAUUUCCAUCGUGAGCGGAGAGAAUGGUGGAAUAUUUGUGUCAAAGGUGACUUGUGGCAGUAUUGCACAUCAUGCAGGCCUGGAGUAUGGUGACCAGUUACUGGAGUAUAAUGGGAUAAAUUUAAGGAAUGCCACGGAACAGCAGGCUCGAUUGAUCAUUGGACAGCAGUGCGACACCAUCACAAUCCUGGCUCAGUACAACCCUCACAUGCAGCAGCCGGGCAACCAUUCACACUCCAGCUCUCAUCUAGAAUCAGCAAGCAGUCACUCAACUUCUCAGGGUAGCGGGGGAACCACACCCGACAGUCACUCUGUUAUUGACACUGUGAGUGAGCAGGAUGAAGGGACAGUGACACCUCCAUCAAAACAAACCACUCCAACCACCAGCCCUCGGGACUCCUUAAGAGCAAGCACAGGGUCAUCUCCAGUUCUGGAACCUAGAACAGUUGUCCUGAAAAAAGCACAGAUUGACCUUGUUCACAUUUGUGGAGGAAACUUAUGUGGAAUAUUUGUUGAAAAAGUAGAAGAUGACAGUCCUGUAAAGGGGGCAGGGAGCCUGAUGCCUGGAGAUUUGCUUCUAGAAUAUGGUUCUGUUGGCAUGCGGAAUAAAACACUUGAAGAGGCAUAUCUAGAAAUGUUGAAACCUGCUGAAACCAUCACUGUAAAGGCCCAGUGCAGGAUAGAUGAUUUUAACAAGAUUAAAGGACUGCCUGGAGAUGGCUUUUAUAUCAGAACUCUUUAUGAUCGAGUGGCUGAAGUUGAACAGGACUUAAGCUUCAAAAAAGAUGACAUUUUGUAUGUGGAUGAUACGCUUCCCCAAGGGGUCUUUGGUUACUGGAUGGCCUGGCAACUUGAUGAAAAUGCACAGAAGCUGGAACGUGGACAGAUUCCCAGCAAGUAUGCGCUGGACCAGGAAUCCUCUAGGAGGCAUAGCAUGUCUGAAGUCAAAGAUGAAAAUGGUUCCAGUAAGACAUUGUCAGCAGCAGCUCGUAGGUCUUUCUUCAGGAGAAAAAAUAAGCAUAAACGCAGUGGUUCCAAGGACGGGAAAGAUCUGUUGGCACUUGAUGCAAUAAGUACAGACUCUCUGCCUUUCUUUGAUGACUGUGCAAGUCUAGCUUAUCAGAAAGUCCAGAGGGUGGAUUGUACUGCUCCAAGGCCUGUGCUCAUCCUGGGACCUUUGGUUGAUGCUGUGAAGGACAUGCUUACCAAGGAAGCUCCUGGAAAAUUCUGUCGCUGUCCUCUAGAAAUGAUGAAAGCUUCUCAGCAAGCAAUUGAACGUGGAGUAAAGGACUGUUUAUUCAUCGACUACAAAAGAAGAAGCGGCCACUUUGAUGUGACAACAGUAUCAUCAAUAAAGGAGAUAACAGAAAAGGACUGUCACUGUCUGCUUGAUAUCGCUCCUCAUGCCAUUGAACGCCUUCACAGUGUGCAGAUCUAUCCCAUUGUUAUUUUCAUACGCUACAAAAAUGCAAAGCAGAUCAAGGAGCAAAAGGACCCAAUCUUCCUGAGAGAUAAAGUCACUCAGAAACAUUCCAAAGAACAGUUUGAAGCUGCUCUAAAAAUCGAACAAGAAUAUAGUAAAUAUUUUACAGGUGUUGUCCAGGGAGGACAUCUUAUGUAUAUUUGCACUCAGAUAAUGACAAUUGUUGAACAAGAGCAAAACAGAGUAUUGUGGAUUCCAGCAGGUUGUCUCUGAUGUGCCCCUGUACUUGGAGAUUCUUUUCAAAUGCACGUAGCACAAGAUGAUGUUGAGCCUUUCCACUGACUCAUGGGAUUGAUUUAGUGUCGAUGAAGGAGCCAGGUACUCAACAGUAUCCAUGUGGCACAACGUAACGCAGCUGGUUUUAAGACAUUUUCUGAUGCUUAUCAAGUUAAAUGAAGGUUCAGCACAUUUGUCUUGACUUUUACCUUAACAGCGAAUAUACCUGGUACCGCGCUGACUCAGUUUCCUACAGGAAGUAAAGAAAUGAGGAUUCAGUUAAGCAGUAGCAGCACGCGUUUACAGAAGUAAUUGUCAUUCCUUCCAUUGGUUUACUUGAAUAUUUGUCUUUUACUUUUUCUAGUUUAAUUUUCUUCCUGUAAAAUCCCAUCUGAACAGAAUGGAUUAAGCACACUCCUGAAAGGACAGUUUUUUUUUUGUUUUUUUUUUUAAUUUGGCACGUUAUAUAGUGCAGUAAUUAUUUGGAAAAUGUAAAAUGCAGUAGUAUAUAGAUUGUAAGAUAAAUAAUGCAGUACUUAAUUAGGUGUUGUGUCAGUCAUACUGUUGUCACUUUAAAGCAGCAGUUAAAGAAAAAAUGUACCUCUGCCUACCAGACAUCUUCGGCAUUUACUAUUAUUUUGUACCCAUUUCAUCUUGCAUCCUUGGAAAGAUUUAUUCACAAAUAUUCUGUUAUUUUCCAUUAUAAAACUAUAUCUGAUUAUCUAUGUUUAAGUUACAAGAUAUAUACGGUUUUCAUAACCAAGAAGGUAAAUUUACAUUGUAUUCCAUGGAAGUGUCUGUAAGAGUAGAUUUGGCAGUUACAUAAAUAUCUUUGUGAAUUUUUUUGUCAAAGAUGAAUUUCUAAUUUAAGUGUAAGCAUUUCUUAAAUGGGGACAUUGAGGUGGGAAGAGAACACACUUGGAAAAUCCAAUCUGAGCUGAAGCAAAAAACGGCAACAAAAAGGUUCAAAGUAUAUCUGUAUUAUUGAAAAUAAAAGAUUGAGGGCUGUUGUCUGCUUAUAACAUAAGACUUCUUCAGAUUGUGAAGAACUGGGGCAUUGCCCCUUGCUUUCAUGAGUGUCACCCCACAUAUUACAUUCCAAAGCCUUUGGAUUUGAUGAGCUUUUCAUCACUGUUAAACGUGGUAUUGGAUAUUGUCCAAGAAGCAUAACAAAAACAUUCAUAGGACUCACAAAUUUGUUACUGUCCAAGUCUUGACACUUCGCUCUGCAUGCUGUUUGGUUGUAUUCAAGAAUGAUAUGAGCCCAGCUGCUGCAUAUUUAUUUUCUCUGUUAAAAAGGCAUAUUACAUUGACUUUUACACUUUGGUUCCUUUACUAUCAUAUUUUUUUACAUUUAUUUAUUUAUAUUUUUAUUUUAACAUUUUGAUUGUGCCAUGAAUCAUUUAUGUUUUUGCUUUUUAAAUUCCAGUUUUGUUUCUCCACCUCAUUUGGCUUAGAGUAUAUUGCCAACUAUACAGUGAUAUGUUGUUAAAUAUUAAUCAUCACAUUAAGAAAAAUGCUUCACUGUACAGUCUGUUUUCCUUGUGGUCCUUCCAGGUUUGGAAAUGAAUAGUUUGUAACACAACAAGCCUUUUGUUUAGUGUAGGAAACCAUUUCAGAUUUGUACAUAUAAAAGUGAGGGGGGAAAUUUGGUGCAGUCCUGUACAGGGCAGACCACUCUUUUUUAUACUCUUUAGUCUAUCUUAUUAUUUUUCUGCAUGAAUACAAUAUUUUAAACACCUUAAUGUGUGUGAGUGAUGUGAUUGUUAGCAUAUGAUAGACGCAUAGUGCUGUAUUGGGGCUGUUAGACAUCUGUGAGCAGCUACCUGGGCCUGGCGUAUCACUCUUUUCCUUCUUGGUUCAUGUAAAUAAAACGUGAUGGUGCAGUUUUGUAGGGUAAAUCUUGAGUUUUGUUCUUUGUGUAGCAGAUGAGUUUUAAUUUAACAAGAAAAACAUAGUCAGUUUAGUAUAUUUUAAGUCAUUGGGGCAUGGUAAAUUGGUAGUAUUGCCACUGUUGUAGAAGUGAAAAUGUCCUUACUGUUUUUUUUUUUUUUUUUGAUGUGCCAAACCUCAUUCUGUCAUUUGGUCCAUUUUCAUUUUGCACUUGUUGUUCUGUACUCAUUUCAUAGAUUUGUGUUUGGUUCUUCAUGAAUUUCGUGUUUUUUUUAACAGGUACUGUACUGCUUUUUGUCUUAUGACUUGUCAGUGUAACUAAAUCAUGUGCCGUGUUGACAUUUCAUUGCCUUACUUUUGUAUUUUACACGAAAGUUGUAAACUCUUAUUUGUUUGUGUUUAAUUUCAAAAGGGAUUAUCCUUGCACAGUUCUUCAAAAGAAAAUUAUUGCUAAAUUUAGCAGUUGCAUUACAGAGUUUAUAGUUAAAGUACUAAGAUUUAAGGUCUAUUUUGACAAUAGUAGCUUAACAUUCUUUUCACUUGAGGGACAACACUAUUUUCAAAAAAAAAGUUUGUAAGUUUAAUAGAAUGGUACAAAUGAAAACCGACAGGUACUGUUGCUUUCUGGGUUUUCUGUACAACAGUGAGAGUUAUCACUGCAUUGAAAUAAAAAAUUAAUAAUUGGUACAGAAUGAAAAAUAAAGGUCAGUUUCUAGAAAUUCUAA